AUGCCGCGGGGCGCCCCAGUCUGGGCCUCCGCGCCGGCCCCGCACGAGCGGCUGCUCGCCGCGCAGCGCGCCGCGCUGGGAGGCGUCCUCCAGGAGCUGGAGGCGAAGGGCAGGAAGGGCACGUUCUCGCAUUGGGCGUGGUGGGUCUUCCCCACGGAGGCCAUCGGGAAGCACGACCCUGAGCAGACCUGCGUCACUGCGGCCACGGCGACGUGGCUGACGGCGCAGGACGACGGGACGUGGCGCAGGGUGCUGGAGAAGGUCUGCGAGCUCGCGGACGCAACGGGGACUGGAGUUCUACCCGCGCGUGAUCACGGCCGCGUGCAUCAUUUUAUCCAGUUCUGGUCCCGGGUGGACGGCAGGCCGCCCUGGAUGACGGCGGUCAGCGGGGCCGCCCCCGCCACGGGCAUCCGCCACCACCACCCCCCCGCUGGAGGCGUCCUGCCCGGCGGGGCCGCUCCGCUGCUGGCCAGGCUGGGCCGCGCUGGGAGGCCCCACACCGCGGCCGCGCUGCUCGAGUGGAUGCAGCGCUCCGCCCUGCAGGUGGGCACUGUGCACUUCAACACCACCAUCGGAGCCCACGAGAAGGCCGGGCUCUGGGCGGAGGCGGCGCAGCUCUUGGGAAGCAUGGCCGCGCUCAUGGCGGAGCCCGACACCGUGUCGCACAACUCCGCCAUCGGCGCGCUGGCCCGGGCCUCGCAGUGGGCCCGCGCGCUGGCGGCCCUGGGCCGCCUGCGCGAGGCGGAGGUCCGCGCCGACGCCGUCGGCUACAAUGCGGCGAUGAGCGCGUGCGAGCGAGGCGAGCAGUGGCAGCGCGCGCUACUGCUCUUCGGCCAGAUGGGCGACGAGGGAGGCGUGGCUCGUAGCACCGUGUCGCACAACACCGCCAUCGCCGCCUGCAGCAGAGCCGUGCACUGGACGGGCGCGCUGGAGCUGCUCGCCCGCAUGAGGGGGUCGCGCGUGCGGGCCGACGCCAUCUCGCACAACGCGGCCAUCAGCGCGUGCGGCAAGGGCGGCGAGUGGCGCGCCGCCGUGGCGGUCUUCGGCGAGAUGUGCGGACACAGUCUUCCAGCAACCACAAUUACCUACAGCGCUGUAAUUACGGCGUGCGGCAACGGCGCUAGGUGGGAGCUGGCGCUCCAGACGCUCAGCGAGAUGGAAGCCAGCGCCCUGACGGCGGAUUCCAUCGCCCUCAACGCCGCCAUCUCGGCUUGCGACCGCGGGGGGCAGUGGACCGUGGCGCUGUCCCUGCUGGCAAGCAUGAAGAAGAGGGCGGCCACUGUUGACGCGGUCACGUACGGCGCGGCGACCAGCGCCUGCGAGCGCUUCGGCCUUUGGGAG